UUCCGUGUAGACGCUUUUGGUGUUGGACCGUUAUCAUUCGGAGCCUGGAGCCCCUCGUUGCCCGCUUCUAGCGCCAGCCUUGCUUGGCCCUCGACACUGACAUCAGUGUCCUCUUUCUCAUUCUCCCACCCACAUACGUUUGUGUCCUGCUCACCAUGUCGUCGCGCAUGAACCAGUGGUUCGUCCCCGGUGAGGGCAUCGCUCGCGAAGUCAUCACCGCCGACAUCCAGCGUUACCUCGGCCCCGACGCCCUCGUCAGGCCCGGCACAGGCACUGGCGAAUAUGAGCAGGGUCGCUCAGGAUAUUGGAUCACUGCCUACCGGACUCUCACAUCGCAAAUGAUCCAGGACUUGCGAUCAGACUCGCAGCGUUGGCAGGCUGAGAAAGACCGCGGACGCGGUGGAGGUACUCCUCACAUUGGUGAUAAAAAGGUGACCAGACACCCUGACGCUUCUGUAGUGGCAUAUCAGGAUUCCACCAUCCAUGCUUCGCGCCAGUACCACGGCCCUACCACUUCAGAUUCCUAUGCUGCCCCUUCAAAACCGAGCUACUCCACGCCCACGUAUGGAAACAGUGAAUCUCCACAUUAUACUACUACUCCCACGGCUCCGUAUGGUUCACAUGGCUACCAGGCUCCGCCGCACUCAGCGCAUCCCGCGCAGCCUCGGACGGACCCUCAGUCUGCUUACUAUGGCCAGCACGCAUCCUAUGCAUCCACACCUGCACCGCAGUCGUACUCAUAUUCCCAGCCUCCUGUCCAGGAUCCGUACGGACGCGCUCCGACACAACAGUACGCGCAUGCUACUCCAAGUGUCGUUGCCGCGCCAGGUUACUACAUUGCAUCCGAUGGCCGACAAUACCCUCUAUCUCAACAACCUCAACAACCACAGCCACCACCGGCUGGCCGCCGGAGAGGUUAGUAAGUCCUGGACACAUCCAUCUUCCGCGGAUUGCCAUUUCAUACCAUUGUGCCGGAGGUAGAUUUCCCAUGGCCGCCAGGUACUCAGUCUGUUCCUCCGCUAUUAUACUGGUCCGGAGAUACCCCUACCAUUUUGCGCGACAUGAGUCUGGAGU